AUGGGUAAAAUAUUUCUUGACCACAUUGGUGGUACCCGUUUAUUCUCAUGUGCAUCUUGCGAUGUGAACCUGACGAAUCGUUCGGAACUGAUCAGCACACGUUUUACUGGAGCCACAGGUCGGGCAUUCUUAUUCCAUAAAGUGGUAAACCUAGUUUACUCUGAAGUACAAGAUCGUGUGAUGCUGACGGGCCGACAUAUGGUGCGCGAUGUCUCUUGCAAAAACUGUGGCACUAAGCUAGGAUGGGUCUAUGAAUUUGCCACUGAAGAGAACCAGAGGUAUAAGGAGGGCAGAGUGAUCUUGGAGAGGGCUCUGGUAACUGAGAGUGAUGGUAUUGAAGAAAUUCAAGUCAACAAUGAUGACUAA